AUGGAAGGCUGUGAUUUGCCGGGCAUCCUGGGCAAGGACCUUGGAGACACUGGACCUCAGCACCAGCAGUGGACUGAGUUUGGCAGUGCUCACCAUCUCCCCACCGCACCUGGUGACACGAGGUCCACGGCAGCGGGCCAGCUAGGCAACGAGCGGGCUCCCUUCUGUGAGCAUUCGCCAGGAAGUUCGGCGGCCUCUGCUUGCAGCCCUGAGCCCAGCAGCAAGGAAGGCAGCUGUGACGAAUGCACGGCCUCAUUUGCCAGCUUACAGACCUACAUGGAGCCCCCCUGUCCCAGUGCCCAUCCUCUGCUCUCCCUGCAAGAGGACUGCAGGAGCGACACUGGCGAGGAGGAGGAGGAGGAGGAGGAGGAGGAGGAGGAGGAAUUGGGGGAGGAGAGCGAUAUUGAGAACCUGGCUGGAGAAAUCAUCUACCAACCAGAUGGCUCAGCAUACAUUGUGGAAAGCCUCAGUCAGCUGAGUCAAGGGGGUGGGGGGCUCCCGCCCCUCCUGGCGAACUCUGCUCUCCCCAGCACAGGAGCCAAGCCAGGGGAGUCUGCUGUGGCUGUGCCUCAGGUCUAUCCGCAGAUCAUCAACACUUUCCACAUCGCUUCCUCCUUUGGGAAGUGGUUUGAGGGCCCAGAUGAGGCCUUUCCCAGCACCUCCACCCUGGUGGGGGUCAGCCCUGUCCUGCACAGCUUCCGUGUCUUUGAUGUGCGCCACAGAAGCAACAGGGAUUACCUGAACAGCGACGGUUCUGCCAAAAGUUCCUGCGUAUCCAAAGAUGUUCCCAACAAUGUGGACAUGUCCAAAUUUGAUAGCUUUGUACUCUACGGGAAGAGGAAGCCCAUCCUGAUGUGUUUCUUGUGCAAGCUCUCCUUUGGCUUCAUCCGCUCGUUUGUGACCCAUGCGGUGCACGAUCAUCGGAUAACUCUGAGCGAGGAGGAGCGGAAAAUUCUUAGCAAUAAGAACAUCUCCGCGAUCAUCCAAGGGAUAGGCAAAGACAAGGAGCCCCUUGUAAGCUUUCUGGAACCAAAAAACAAAAACUUUUCAUACCCUUUAGUUUCCGCAACUGACCUCAAAAGCCCCGGACACAGUUUCUAUGGCAAAUUCAGUGGGAUUCGUGUGGAAGGGGAGGGGGUCUCCCAGAUUGGAGUUGCCAGCACAAGCAAACAGCCCCAGACAGCAGACCUCUUAGCCCCGGGGGGCCUCUUAAACCUGGGGGGGCUGACAAGCUCAACUCUGAAGACCCCAAUUACCUCAGUUCCCCUGGCUGCCCCCACCUCCAGGCCCUCUGCCUCCUCUGAAGGGAAAGGCCCAGGGAGGGCCGGCAGUGAUGCGCAGGACAGCUGCUUGGCGAAGGCAGAAUCAGCUGGGGAGGGGGAGGAGGAGGAGGGGGCUGGCGGUGGUAGCAAUGGGCUGUUUCCACACAGGCUGGGGGAGGACCCAGAGGAGAAACUUCCUGCCACCUCUGAGACCAGGUCGGUGGCAAGCAGUGGCAGCAGCCCGAAGGAUCUUGCUCUCUCAAACCAAAGCAUAUCUCCCUUAAUGCCUAAUGUGCUUCAGGCAGGAUCGAGUGGCUCAGCUUCUUCUGGUUCUCCUUCUGCUUCUUCCUUUGUCUUUGAUGGUGCAAAUAGGAGGAGUUGUUUCAGCUUUAAUAGUGAGGGCAGCCAGAGGCUGGACUUGGGGGAGGAAAGUGUCAACAGAGAUGAUGCCCUGGAACCAAACGAGAGCCUCGAGGGGGAGGACGGGCUCUGCGCUGCCCACCACCAGCACGAGGGUCCCCUCUGCGAGCUGGGGGGUGGGGUGGAGUGCCCCAAGUGUGACACUGUCCUGGGGUCCUCGCGCUCCCUGGGGGGCCACAUGACUAUGAUGCACUCACGCAACUCCUGCAAGACCCUCAAGUGCCCCAAGUGCAACUGGCACUACAAGUACCAACAGACGCUGGAGGCCCACAUGAAGGAGAAGCACCCAGAGCCGGGAGGGGCAUGCGCCUUCUGCCAGUCGGGCCAGCUGCACCCUCGGCUCUCCCGGGGCGAGAGCUACACCUGUGGCUACAAGCCUUUCCGCUGCGAGGUCUGCAACUACUCGACCACAACCAAAGGCAAUCUCAGCAUCCACAUGCAGUCAGACAAGCAUCUCAACAACAUGCAGAACCUGCAGAACGGCAGUGGGGAGCAAGUCUUCAGCCACGCAGCGGGGACUGUGGCUGUGGCCACGGCAGCUACCGCCAAUAUUGGUGGUGGCUGUGGGGGGCCCUCCCCCACCAAACCAAAAAGUAAACCCACCUGGCGAUGUGAGGUGUGUGACUACGAGACCAAUGUGGCCAGAAACCUCCGCAUCCACAUGACCAGCGAGAAGCACAUGCACAACAUGGUGCUGCUCCAGCAGAACAUGAGCCAGGUGCAGCCCAGACGCCACCUGGGCCUAGGCAGCCUGCCCGCUGAGGCUGAGCUCUACCAGUGCUACUUGGCUCAGAACCUGAAAAUGGACAGCAGCCCAGCCUCCGAGGCCCAGUUCCUGGCGGGCAGCAAUUUCCAAGUGGAGCCCACCAACACCAUGACCUCCGUGGCCCCAUCCCUAGUGGGAGGAGAGAUCCCUCUGGACCCACGGCUCGGGGGAGGGCAGCUGGUGUCCGAGGAGCUCAUGAACCUGGGAGAGACCUUUGCCCAGACCAGCGACCCCUCCCUGAAGCUAUUCCAGUGCUCUGUGUGCAACAAGUUCACCACCGACACCUUGGACCUUCUGGGGCUGCACCUGAAUGCCGAGCGGGGCCUGCCCGAGGAGGAAUGGAAGGGGGCCGUGGGGGAGGCUUACCAGUGCAAGCUGUGCCAUUACAGCACACAGCUCAAGGCCAACUUCCAGCUGCACUGCAAGACCGAGAAGCACCUGCAGAAGUACCAGCUGGUGGCGCACAUCAAGGAGGGUGGCAUGACCAACGAGUGGCGCCUCAAGUGCGUGGCAAUCGGGAAUCCAGUGCACUUAAAGUGCAACGCCUGUGACUAUUAUACCAACAGCCUGGAGAAGCUGCGCCUUCACACCAGCAAUUCCAGGCACGAGGCUAGCCUGAAGCUGUACAAGCACCUUCAGAACCACGAGAGCGGACUGGAGGGGGACGGCUGUUUCUACCACUGCGUCCUCUGCAACUACUCCACCAAGGCCAAGCUCAAUCUUAUUCAGCAUGUACGUUCCAUGAAGCACCAACGAACCGAAAGUUUGCGAAAGUUGAAGUGCUUGCAGAAGACCCUUCCUGAGGAAGAGGAGGACCUGGGCCAAAUCUUCACCAUCCAGCAGUGCCCAGCUACUGACACUGAGGAGCUGAUUGGAGAUGCGGAAGGACCUGGCGAGUCUCUUGGUGCAAGGCACCCUGAUGAGCCAGCCAAAGAAAUGGAGAGCACGGCUGACCAGGACCAAGUCAAGUGGGCAGACCAAGGUCCAAAAGCUGAGAAGGAGCCAGCAGACCCCCCACUUCCCUCCAAGCACGCUUCAUUUUCAAGACACCCGGCGUCAACUGUCCCCAAAUGGCCCACGCCAUCUGACGAGGCGAAGCUUGAGCAGAUGUACCAGUGCCCCUACUGUAAGUACAGCAACCCGGAUGUCAACCGGCUGCGGGUACAUGCCAUGACCCAGCACUCCAUUCAGCCAAUGCUCAGGUGCCCCCUCUGUCAGGACCUGCUCAGCAACAAGCUCCACCUCCAGCUGCAUCUCACCCACCUGCACAGUGUGUCUCCUGACUGUGUGGAAAAACUCCUCUUGACGGUGACCACGCCAGAGAUGAUGAUGCCCAGCAACGUGUUCCUCUCAGCAGCAGCAGCAGCGGAUCGAGAUGGAAAUGAGGAAUCCCUCAAGCAACCUGAGAGCUCAGAGGAAGGGGGCAAAAGCCUGCAAUUGCUGCCAGAGGCCAUGGAGUAUGGCAGCAGUGGAGUAAAGCCUGCAGAAUCAGAGCAGCCUAGUGUCAAAGAAGAGGCUGGAUUCUUUUGCUGGAAGAAGGGCUGUGGCCAGGGCUUCAAAAGUUCUUCUGCCCUCCAGACCCAUUUCAGCGAGAUGCACGCCAAGCGGCCACAGCUUCCUGUUUCUGAUCGCCACGUCUACAAGUACCGCUGCAACCAGUGCAGCCUGGCCUUUAAAACUAUUGAAAAGCUUCAGCUGCACUCCCAGUACCACGUCAUCCGGGCAGCCACCAUGUGCUGCCUUUGCCAACGGAGCUUCCGCACUUUUCAGGCCCUUAAGAAGCACCUGGAGACCAACCACCUGGAUCUGAGCGAAGCCGACAUCCAGCAGCUGUACAGUGGACUUCUGGUCAAUGGAGAACUGUUCGCCUUGGAUGACCCUUCAUUGCCUGAGGACCACACCAUGGUGAUGGAGGAGGAUAAAGAGGAGGAGAGCAGUGACCAGGAAGACAAGCAGAGCCCUGCAGGAAGUGACUGCGGGUCCCUACAGGAAGAUUCUGGCUCAGAACCCAAACGAGCUCUUCCCUUCCGGAAGGGCCCAAACUUCACCCUAGAAAAAUUCCUGGACCCAGCCCGCCCAUAUAAGUGCACAGUUUGCAAAGAAUCCUUCACACAGAAGAACAUCCUUCUAGUCCACUACAAUUCAGUUUCUCACCUGCACAAGCUGAAAAGGGCCCUCCAGGAGUCUUCCGCCAGCCAGUCCGAGGCGACCAGUAGCCCUGACCACAAGCCCUUCAAGUGCAGCAUCUGCAGCGUGGCCUACAGCCAAAGCUCCACACUGGAAAUCCACAUGCGCUCUGUGCUACAUCAGACCAAGGCACGAGCAGCUAAGCUGGAGGCAGUCAGCAGCAGUGGCCACAGCAGUGCUUCCCUGGGCUCCUCCAUGCUCAGCCCCUUGGGUGUUGGUACCAUGAGCCUCGCCUCCUCCUCUGCCGCCGCCCAGAGCAACAUAAGCACAGAAUCUAAAGAAGCCAAUCCUAAGAAGCCAGGAGAUGCACUUGCAUGCCGCCAGCCACUGCCCCCACCAUCACAUUCUUUGGUGCAGGCCAAGCUGCAGCAAGAGCUCCAGCAGCAGGCGUCACUUCUGCAGUCCCAGCUUUUCAGCCCUGCGCUCUUGCCUCACUUUCCCAUGGCCCCAGAGGCCCUCCUGCAGCAGCAGCAGCAGCUAUUUUUCCCCUUCUAUCUCCCCAGCGCCGAGUUGCAGCUGAACACCGAGAUGAGCUUGCCAAUGGCCAAUGGCACCCUGAUGCUGGCGGGGAGUGGGCCAGGCCUGCUGGAGGACCUGAAAGCCCAGCUUCCACAGCCAAGCCACCCGCAGAUGCAGCAGCAGCAGCAGCAGCAGCUUCCGCUGGCCCAGCAUCCUUGCGUGCUCCUCCCGCCAAGCCUGCUCCCGGACAAGAAGGCCAAGUCUGUGGGGAAGGAAAAGGAGGCCCAGCGGGAGCAAGAGAUGGCAGAGAAGGGCGACAGAAGCCCUGUCUGCCAAGAGCCCCCGCCUGAGGCCAGCAAGGCCCAAGAGAAGGCUGACGUAGCGGGGGCCAUGGAAUCAGCCGGAAGCAGCCCUGGGGAGGCACUCUGGCUCCCUCCUCGCAUUGCUGCAGAUGCUCGUGGGAAUGCCACCAAAGCUUUGCUGGAGAAUUUCGGGUUUGAGUUGGUCAUUCAGUAUAACGAGAACCAGCAGAAGUUGGCCGGGAGGGCCGAGCAGGCUGACAUCCUGGAGAGGCUGGAAUGCGAGUCCUGCUGCAAGUUCUUCUCCAAUGUGCUCAUCCUGAAGACCCACCAGGAACACGUCCACCAGCACUACCUCCCCUUCCAGCAGCUGGAAAGGUUUGCCCAACAGUACCGAGAGCACUAUGACCAGCUCUACCCAUUGCGGCCACCGACGCCUGAGCCGGCCCCACCGCCCCCUCCUGCCCCCCCUCCUGUGCCUGCUGCCCCUCCUCAGCCACCUUCCACACCCACCCUACAGGUCUCAGCCCCACCCAUGACCUCUCCCUCCAUCAUACCCGCCCAGCCUUCCUUGCCCCUCACGCAGCUCCCUAUGCCCAUGGAGCUACCUCUCUUUUCACCACUCAUAAUGCCAAGCAUGCCUUUACAAGCCCUGCCGGCCCAGUUACCACCCCAGCUUGCCCCUGUUGACCCUUUACCAGCAGAACUGGCCCAGCUGUACCAGCAUCAACUCAACCCCGGCCUUUUGCAGCAGCAGCAGCAGCAGCAGAACAAAAGACCACGGACACGAAUCACCGAUGACCAGCUCCGGGUCUUAAGGCAGUAUUUUGACAUCAACAAUUCCCCAAGUGAGGAGCAGAUCAAGGAGAUGGCAGAGAAAUCUGGCUUGCCACAGAAGGUGAUCAAACAUUGGUUUCGUAAUACGCUUUUCAAAGAGCGCCAGCGCAACAAGGACUCGCCGUACAACUUCAGCAACCCUCCAAUCACCAGCCUGGAGGACUUGAAAAUGGAUUCCCGGCCAUCUUCUCCAGAGCCUCAGAAACAGGAGUACUGGGGAAGCAAGAGAUCCUCCCGAACUCGCUUCACGGACUACCAGCUUCGGGUGCUGCAGGACUUCUUUGAUGCCAACGCUUAUCCAAAGGAUGAUGAAUUUGAACAGCUUUCCAACCUGCUGAGUCUCCCAACUCGGGUGAUCGUGGUGUGGUUUCAGAACGCUCGCCAGAAAGCCAGAAAGAAUUAUGAGAAUCAGGGGGAAGGCAAAGAUGGGGAGCGACGGGAGCUGACAAAUGACCGGUACAUCCGAACGAGCAACCUGAACUACCAGUGCAAGAAGUGCAGCUUGGUCUUCCAGCGCAUCUUUGACCUGAUCAAACACCAAAAAAAGCUCUGCUACAAGGAUGAAGACGAAGACGGGCAGGAGGACAGUCAGAAUGAAGACUCCAUGGAUGCUAUGGAGCUCCUGACCCCCAGCAGCUCCUCCUGCAGCACCCCGAUGCCUUCCCAGGCUUAUGGCACGCCCGCCUCUUCUGCCAGUGUGGCCUUUCUGUCACAGAGUACUGCUGAGGCAGAUAGUGAUUGCCCUGCUGCCUGUCAGUCUAAAGCAAACGCCACUGAUGAGAAACCAAAGCACCCUGAGCCUUCAAGUAUGCAACACAGUCCGACUUCAGAGAAGCAACGGCAACCAAAGCAAGAUGGGCAGCCGCCACCGCAGAACCAAGGAGAGCCGAAGCUGAGCUCAGUGCACCCAAAGGUCUCCCCACCCCUCCAGCAGCAGAUGGCCCACCCUCUGCAGGGUGGCCUGCCCCAGCCAAGCCCUGCUCCCUCCCAGCUGUCCCACCUGCCCCUCAAACCACUGACCACACCGAGUGCCCAGCAGCUGGCCAACUUGCCCCCUCAGCUUGUUCCAUAUCAGUGUGAGCAGUGCAAGCUGGCCUUCCCUUCGUUUGAGCACUGGCAAGAACAUCAGCAGCUGCAUUUUUUGAGCACUCAGGGCCAAUUUCUCCACCCUCAAUUCCUGGACAGGACGCUUGAUCUGCCCUUUAUGCUCUUUGACCCCAGUAACCCUCUGCUGGCGAGCCAGCUGCUUUCUGGGACCCUCCCCCAACUGCCCCUGAGCUCGGCCGCCUCACCCUCUGCCCCAACCGCUGCCAUGGGCGCCCUGAAGAGGAAGCCGGAGGAGAAAGCCAGCAUCAGCCCUGCUGGGAAUGACAGCAGCACUGGGGGAGAGGAGCCCCAGCGGGAUAAGCGCCUCCGGACCACCAUCACCCCUGAGCAGCUGGGAGUGCUGUACCAGAAAUACCUCCUGGACUCCAACCCCACACGGAAGAUGCUCGACCAUAUUGCGCAUGAGGUGGGCUUGAAGAAGCGUGUGGUGCAGGUGUGGUUUCAGAACACCCGGGCCCGGGAGAGGAAAGGGCAGUUCCGAGCAGUGGGGCCUGCUCAAGCCCACCGGCGAUGUCCUUUCUGCCGGGCCCUCUUCAAAGCCAAGACCGCCCUGGAAGCACAUAUCCGAUCUCGGCACUGGCAUGAAGCCAAGCGGGCAGGAUACAACCUGACCUUGUCAGCUAUGCUUCUGGAUUGCGAAGGAGGAGGGGGGCUCAUGGGGAAGGGAGACCUCUUUGACGGGGCCAGCUUUGCACAGCUGCCUGCCCCUGGCAGUAGCAGUGACAGCCAGGGAAUCCCCCUCUCUCCAGGCAGCAAAUCUCUAGAGCUGUCUCCUCAGACCCUGCUGAGCCCGUCCUCCAUCAAAGUGGAAGGCAUGGAAGACUCUGAGAGCCCCUCAAUGUCCUCUGUCCACCUGAGUUUUGACCAAGCCAAGCUGGACAAUGAUGACUGCUCUUCCGUCAACACAGCCAUCAUAGACACAACCACAGGUGAUGAGGCCAAUGCAGACAAUGACAGUGCCACAGGGGUUUCCACAGAAGCCAGAGGGAGCUCGGGGCCAGGUGAGGGUCUGACCAAGGCUGCCAUGUUAGCCCUGUCAGAGUAUGAAGACAGACUCUCCUCGGGCCUGGUGAGCCCGGCUCCCAGCUUCCACAGCAGGGAGUACGACAAUGAAGGCACUGUGGAUUACAGCGAGACAUCAAGCCUGGCGGACCCUUGCUCUCCCAGCCCAGGCACGAGUGGCUCAGCAGGCAAAUCUGGGGAUGGGGGAGAUCGGCCAGGACAGAAGCGUUUCCGGACACAGAUGACCAACCUCCAGCUUAAAGUCCUGAAGACCUGCUUUAGCGAUUACAGGACACCCACCAUGCUGGAGUGUGAGGUUCUGGGCAAUGAUAUUGGGCUCCCCAAGAGAGUUGUUCAGGUCUGGUUCCAGAAUGCCCGAGCCAAAGAGAAGAAAUCCAAGCUCAACAUGGCCAAACAUUUUGGCAUUAAUCAAACUGGCUAUGAGGGGCCAAAAGCAGAGUGCACUUUGUGUGGCAUCAAAUACAGUGCCCGCCUGUCUGUUCGUGACCAUAUCUUCUCUCAGCAGCACAUCUCCAAAGUGAAAGAGACAGUUGGGAGCCAGCUGGACAAAGAGAAGGAGUAUUUUGACCCAGCCACCGUCCGCCAGCUUAUGGCACAGCAAGAGCUGGACCGAAUCAAGAAAGCCAAUGAAGUGCUUGGCUUGGCCGUUCAGCAGCAAGGCAUGUUUGACAGUCCCCCUCUGCAGGCUUUGAACAUUCCUGCCAACUACCCAGCAGCCCUUCAAAGCAUCCCUCCUGUCCUGUUGCCAGGUUUGAACAGCCCAUCCCUGCCUGGCUUCACUCCUUCCAAUACAGCUUUAACGUCUCCUAAACCCGGCCUGAUGGGUCUGCCGGGCACAAGUGUUCCCUCGCCUGGCCUUCCCACCUCAGGAUCCCCAAAUAAGACAGUCUCCCUCAGCUCCCCCCCGCCAGCACAAACAUCCGUGGGCUCUGCAACCCCCCUCCCACUGCGGAAGGACAAGGAGAGCGAGAAGGGGAAAGAACGCAUCCCCAAGGCCAGGGGGGAGGCCCUGCCGGGGCCCAAGAAGGACAAAGGGGAGGUGCCCAACCCCAGCCUGGCCCUCCCUGCCAUGAGGCCUGCCCUGGAGUAUUCGGUGGAGCCCACCCAGCUGCAGGCCCUGCAGGCAGCUCUCAACAUGGACCCCAUGGCCUUGCUGACCAGUCCCUUCCUCCCAUAUUUUGUGCCCGGCUUCUCUCCAUACUACGCCCCUCAGCUCCCAGGGGUCCUGCAGGGUGGAUACCUCCAGCCCAUGUACAGCAUGGAAGGAGUCUUCCCCUAUGGCCCGGCCCUGUCGCAGGCCUUGCUCGGCUUGUCUCCGGGCGCCCUGUUGCAGCACUACCAGCAAUAUCAGCAGAGCCUCCAGGAGGCACUGCAACGGCAAGCGCAGCUGCCCCUGCCCAAAGGCAGCCAGCCCCCCAUCCAUGCGGAGGGCGCCUCCCCUGAAAAAGGUCCUGCCAAAGAACCCCCCAAGCCAGAUGAGCAGAAGAACACGCCCCGCGAGGGCUCUCCCCGAGGAGAGCCCACCACCGGAAGCAGUAACACCCCAGACUCCCUCUGUGACCCCUUCAUUGUCCCCCCGGUGCAGUACAGACUGGUGUGCCGGAAAUGCCAGGCUGGAUUUGGGAGCCAGGAGGCAGCCGACGACCACCUGAAGUCCCUCUGCUGCUUCGGCCAGUCCGUGGGGAUCCUGCCCGAGAUGGCGCUUCAGGUGCUUGCUGGCGGGGGCGGCUCCUACCAGUGUGUGGCGUGUGACAGCACGGUGCGUGGGGAAGAGGCCCUCCGGCAGCAUCUCGAGUCUGUCCCCCACAGACAUCGGACAGUCCCCCGAGCAGCAGCCAGAAACGCCAAAGAGCACCCCAGUCAAUUACCUCACUCUGCCUGCCUCCCUGACCCAAGCACCGCAUCUACCUCGCAGCCCACCGCUCGCCCCAAGGACGGCCCCCCACCCACCGGUCCCCCCCACACCUCCAAAAAGCCCUGGCCUCCAGCGGCUUCCCCUCCAGGGAAGCCCCCGCCUCUCUCCUCAUCUUCAACAGUUACCUCAAGCUCAUGCAGCACCUCAGGGGUUCAGCCCUCUCUGAUGCCAAGGAAAUUCUCUUCGGAGGAAUCUGACUCGGAAAACACACAGAGUGUUAAGGACUUGGAGUUUUAA